AUGGUGGUUGAAGAUGAAGUGCAAACCAAUGCGAAGCAACUGAAUACUAGAAAACCUAAAAUGAACACCAGUGAGUCAACUUCUCAGGUCAUAGCUGAAGCAGAAAUCUCUGAUGGUGGUCUUAAUGAUUCAGACAAGAUAGCUGCAUUUGAUUUUGAUGGAUGCCUUGCAAACACAUCUGCAAAAAGAGUAGGCGCAGAUGCAUGGUCGCUUAUGUAUGAUUCUAUUCAUGAGGAACUGCAAAAUCUUUAUAGUCAAGGCUAUAAGCUGGUGAUUUUCACACAUGAGACUAACAUUGCUUGGUGGAAAAACAAAAGACAAGCUGCUGUGGACCCGAAAAUUGGACGACUCAACAGUUUUAUUAAACAUGUGGAGGUCUCCAUUCAGUUGAAGUGCGGUUUGGUGUUUAUAGCCUGCGGAGUCGCAAGUUCUGGUGGUAAUGAUGACUUUUACCGUAAACCCAAGCCUGGAAUGUGGCAACUCAUGAAGUUUGUUUUCUCCCAACUUGCUCUUAAAAUUUUUGAUUUACUUGUGAAACUUCUAGCAAGGCUGGAAGCGAAUGGAUUGAAGUUUUUUACUCCGGUGUCAGCUGUCAAGUCUUGUGCAUUAUGUUCCCAGUCAAGUUUUGUGCGUUAUGUUCGCAGUCUCUUUUGUCAGCACCCGUUGUUACAAAAACUAGGAGAAGAAAUUGUCUUCGUGCGCAGAGAGGAGGAAAAGCGUCAAUUCCGAAAACGACUACAAGGUCAGCUUGCUACAGAGAAAGAAGCAAAGUAUGGUUCAAAGCCUGCAAAGAAGAAACCAUUGGGACAGAGUCUUAACACAAAUAAUGUGACUAAAACACCAUUUGCUCGUCGGAUUGGGACACACCUGGAAGCCACGCUCGGAGCAGAACUGGCAAGAUACAGGAUGAAGCCUCGAGUCUACAUUGGUUGCAUGAAGUCUGGACCUAUUCUUGCUGCUCAGAAAGGUGUGAAAUAUCAUGAACCGGAGUACUGGAAAUUCAGAGAAGAGGGUAACAAGUACUUCCGCCAUGCUACUGGUCAGCUCUACGCAAUUUCCAGGGAGCUGGCCUUUUACAUAUCAAUAAACCAAAACGUACUUCACAAGUAUGUGAAUGAGGAUGUGUCUUUAGGAUCAUGGUUUCUUGGAAUAGAUGUGGAGCAUGUAGAUGACCGUAGGCUAUGUUGUGGUACAACAGGCAUGGCUCAAACUGGGUGCGCUAGAUGCUCAUCAUCAGAGACUCCUCCUGAUGAGCUAGUUAUUAGCAGCGAUUGCGGCCACACAUUUUGCGUAGAAUGUAUAUUAUACCUUUGGUCACGCCAGAAAGAUGGAGAAGCACCUUGCAUAUGUCCAUUUGAUGAGAAAAAAGUGACUUGGAUACGUCCUUCUUCCAUUCCCGUUCCCGAGAAGAUUAAUUCCAUCGUCAAAGUUUAUAACCGUCUAUACGAUCCAUCGAGUCCCUACAAACAAGAAAUGAAGAAUCCUCUGAGUCCGGGUCAAGCACCAGUCUCAUGGAUAUUGACUAAAGGAUGUACUUCCUCUCCUAUCAAAACCUGUAUUGAAGAUGCCAUUACGGCUUCUAGUACUGGUAAUUUCCCAGCAGAGAGCAUCCUGAACACAAUCGACGAAAGAGAUAGAAUUUUUGGCACACCUUCCUAUUGGUCGGGUGCAGGACACCACAAGAGUUCCGUGCCCGAAACUCUUCUUUACAAGUUGAAGGGUGAUUUGUGUGUCAUUACUGAACUCAGCAUCCAGCCUUUCCAAGGUGAUGACCACCAUGCCAUCAUCCUUCAUAAUUGA